AUGGUAUUAAGAGCACCUAUACUUUUCAUAGAUCACACCCCGAGUCACUGGAGCUCACUCAAUGAUUCUUUCUGCGGAAACAAAAAAAGGCAGUCUCCUAUUGAUAUAGUCACCAGCCAUGUUUUGACAGACCAUAACCUGGUGAACUUUACCUUCCUCAACUUCUCCUCCCCACAUGUCUUCAAGACAAUCGAGAACAAUGGACAUACAGUUAAAUGCAACCUGGUGAAAAAUGAGGUUGAAGUGAGCGGAGGAGGACUCAGCGAAACAUACUCUACACUUCAGUUGCACUUUCACUGGGGUGACACAGAACACCACCCAGGUUCAGAGCACCUGAUUGAUGGGCACAGAUAUCCAAUGGAGAUGCACAUAGUCAGUCUGAAGAAAGGUCUCACUGUGGAGGAGGCCAAGGCUGAUCCAGAGGGAAUUGCAGUUCUUGGGUUUUUCAUAAACGCAACAGAUGAUGGUGAUAUGUCAGAACCAUGGAGCAAUCUCACAUCUUAUCUGAUGAACAAAACAGGUAAGGACCCUGCUGUUAAUAUAACCGAUAACAUAUCUAUCAAUGACCUGAUUAAAAAUGUAGACCUCACAAAAUUUUAUCGAUACAUGGGCUCCCUGACCACCCCCACAUGCAAUGAAGCUGUCGUUUGGACUGUCUUUCAAGAGCCAAUCAACAUUCAUAAAAAUCUGACUCAACUGUUUCCCAUGAAGACAGGACUUAACAAUGUCUUCCGUCCCAGCCAAAUACGUAAUGGACGUCAAGUGUUUGCCUCUCCUGCAACUCCUCUACCUCACAGUCCAUGGUGCUAUGAUGAUCAUCACGAUGAUCACUGUGAGUACAGUUCUUUGAAGUGGCACGAACUGCCUCAGUCCCACUGUGGUAAGAAAAGCCAGUCACCUAUCGACAUUGAGACAAAGGAGGCCAUGACAGACAAACAUCUUAAUAACUUCACCUUUACAAAGUUUGACGACAAACAUACCAUCAAGUACAUCACUAAUACUGGCCAUUCAGUCAAGUGUGUACUGGAAGAGGAUAUGGUGGAGGUGUCCGGGGGUGGUUUAGGACACGUCUACUCCACCCUACAGUUCCACUUCCAUUGGGGCAGCGAGUCACAUGGCUCUGGGGGCUCUGAGCAUACAGUGGAUACAAAAAGAUACCCAAUGGAGAUGCACAUAGUGAACAAAAGGAAGGAUUUAACCCUGGAAGACGCCAUAAAGACUCAGAAUGGCCUGGCAGUGCUGGGAUUCUUUAUCGAGGCACCUCAUGCUAGCAAAAAUAGCGGUGGUUCAGAUCAUGACGAGACAAAUCCUACGUCAACUACCACAUCAAACAUGGAACCCUGGAAAACUCUCACGAACUACCUGUCAAAAAUUAACAAUACCAAAUCAAAAGUUGACUUCACAGAGAAGAUUUCCAUUGAUGACUUGCUUGGCAACGUGGAUCGUACUGCAUACUUUCGCUACAAUGGCUCCUUAACAACCCCUUCAUGCAAUGAAGCAGUGGUUUGGACGGUCUUUAAAGAGUCUGUCAAGGUGGACCAAAAUCUGAUGAUGAUGUUCCCAAGUCAGACCAAAAAUCACAACGUGUAUCGACCUGUGCAGUCUCUCAAUGGCAGGAAAGUCUACACCACAGCAGGAUCCAGUGUGCAUGGACCCAUCAUACGGUUUCUGCUGCUGGCCUGUUUGUGCCAUUUUUUUCUCUAA